AUUGAAUUCAGUUCAGGACUCAGGGCUAGAAGACAACAACAAAUGGAGCUGGGAUUGAGAGUGAGAGUAUUUCAAAUAAAAUAACACUACAUUUUAUGUCCCUUACGACACAUCAUACAUUCAUUUUAAAUAUUAACUUAAUUAUAGUAGUUUAAUAAUGAUUAAAAUCCAUUUUGACCCUGAUACUGAUACCUAGGCCUAGGCCCUAGGACUACUUAUACUUAUUUUAUACUUAAUAAUACUACUAUACUAGUAUUCUUUAUUUUUAUUAGGACUAGGAAAAAAGUGUGACUUGUCAUCAUGACAAAUUGUCAUGAGUCUGAGAAACUAAAAGUAAGAGUACCAGAAAGUAAUUACAAUGAUUAUGUAUGAUUAUGAAUAAAAAAAAGUGUUAAUAAACUGUUUUGAAUUGGUCAAAGUAACUCAAAGUCAAAAGAAAGUGUAGUCUAAAUUUACACUAUCCCACUGAACACUCUACCCUUCUUUAAUACUGUUACUUUAUCCGAUGUUAAGUACGGGUACUGUUAAAAGGUAAUAAAUAAAAAGCACUUCAAACAAGAAAACCGGAUUUUUUCAUAACCCAGGCAACCAACAUUUUUUUUUACACUCAAGUUGUAGAUGACCUAAAUUUGAAACCAAAAAAAUACAUUUUGUCUGUAGCAACUUUAUUGGCAUUGGGCGUAGGUACUUCAACUCAAAUUUUUUAAAAAAUCUGACAUACACAAAUAAAACGUAAUAUAUCAUUGGAAAGAGCUGCUAUUACUUAUACUUAUAGGAUAAAAGUUAUGAAUUUCUUAGUGAUUUAUUUCCCCCACUAUUUAGCUUUGUUAUAAAUUCUAAAACUGUGCUCGAAUCAUUAAUCAUUUAAUCUUUUAAUUUUUGUACUCUUUUGUUUGUAUUUUUUGGCUAUUUAAGUUAUAGUGCUAAAAUUUGGACGAUACAUUAUUAAUAGAAUUAUUAACAAAACAAAACAUCUGAAUUGUAAAUUAAUUUAUUAUAUUUCAUAAAAUAUUAUCAUAUAAACAUAAGGCAUAAGGUGUCAUUAACGACAUGUAAAGAAUUUUUAAUUUAAAAAAAAAAUGACAUAACUAUAAAACCAAUAAAUCUGUUACUAUAAGUACAAACCGAUAAUAUCUAUCUAAAAUUUAGGCAAUUUUAAAAAUAUAUAAAAAUGCAGAUAAGAAAAAUGUAUGCAAUUUUAGGAAAAAACAUUUAAUUAAUGUACUACAGCCAAAACAGUUUUACAUUUAAAUACAUAACUUUUAAACUAAUAAUGCUUCUGCAAUGAAAUUUUCAGUACAAACAGAUGGUGACACUUCAAAUGUAAUAGGUUACUCAAAUAUUACAAAGAAAAUUUAAAACAUGCUUUAUAAAGUUUUACAAUGACUUGUUGUGGGUGGUUCUGGCUCUGAAACUCUAGCAACACUUCAUCUUCAUCCAUUUGUUGAUCAAAACCAUCUUCCUCCGUCGUCAGAAUCAAAUCAGGGUGUUGGUUGAUCUCCUCAAGCUUGGCAAUGCAUGCCCUCACGUGUGGAAUCUAUUGUUUAAAAUAAAGGAUUGGAACUAAAGAAAAUGCCAUAAUCAUUCAAGCUGUGAAAGAAACAAACAACAUAAAGCAGACUAAAUCAAAAAGCACCAUAAAGCAGAAUUUUUUUUUUUGACCUACCAUCUCCAAAUGCUUGAGAUCUUCAGAGUUCUUGUCAAGAGUAGUCAUCCAGGGUCCAUUUAUAACUUUUCGAGAGAGACCUAUUUACUUUAAUUUUAUAAUUAAAAAAUAAAUAACACUGUUAGACUACCUAACACUCGUAGUUGAAUGGCUGAUAUGCUGUAAUUAAUUAUACAUAACAAAUGUCAAUAAUUGAUGGGACAGGAGAUCAAGAUCAAUUAUGAUCAUGGGCAAAGUCGUAAAUUAAAAAAUAAAAUAAAUAUGACAAUGCACAACACAAUAAAGGCCCAAUGUAUAGUUAUAUUGCUCAGCAUUUUAUUUGAUUAUGUGUCAUAAUGUUUAGGUUUUUAAAAAUGUUUAAUCAAUGAUUUACAAUUGGAAAUAUGGCUUCCGAUAAUAGAAAAUGGCGGCAAUUAGUCUGACCUCAAUUUGUUGACUUUUUUUAAGCUUGGAAAACUAUAACUAUAAUUAAAAGUUGAAAUUAUUAUCACUAUUUAAAAUAAGUGAUUGACUUUACAAAGUGAUUCAGCUUUAGUAUUCCUGCUAUGUUAUGUAAAUCAUAAAGUUAAAGAAAAAAAAUAUUUAUGUUCCAAGACUUACCCAAAGUUCAAGCUUCAACUGUUUGUCUCAGCAUGGUCCAUUUUCACGAGUAUUAGAGUACCUACCUCUAGAUAUUCAGCAAGAGGUGUCAAUGACAUGUGGUUUUCCCCUUUCCUGGCAUAAUUUCAGCCGUCAAUUAAUUUUGUUGCGAAGUUAGAAAAAGUUUUGUAUUCCUUUAUUUAUGUAUCACCCUCUUCCCUCAGCUAAAACAGUGCUACAGUUAGUUAGGUCUGCUUACUGUGCUGAGUGUGCUGGUGGCAUAAUUAAUACUCCUGAGUUCAUAAUCAAAACAAAAAUAAAUGAAUAUUUAAACAUUCUAAAAAUUAAUUUGCUGCUGUUCAUAUUUUAUUGCAGCUUAAAUUUUGGAGUCUGUAAAUAUUAUCAUUAUAUCUAAACAAAUGCAUGCAUAUUUCUCCUUCAAGGAUAACAUGGAAAAGAGUAAUUUGUUCAUCACUUUGUUACUUUUGAGCUUAGCUGUGAUAACCCUAGUCUGCACAGAUCAAGCACACGAUGAAGAUUACAUUGAUCCGAUGGACUUAUUUAACUUUGAUCCAAUCAACAUGCGAAUGAAAAAAGUGAGUUCAAAGAAAUGUCUUCAGUUACAUUAAGUUUUCUCUGUACAGUAAAGCCUUUGAUUUAGUCUUUACACUUAUUUCAGCUGUGAAAUCUAAUUACAUUCUGCAUCGGAAAUAUUGUAGGGCAUUGCAAAGAACACAAAAGCAAAUCAAUGCUUUUUACAUGCAAAUUUUCAUUAAAAUAUUUAGGAAUCUGAUGAAGUAACCACUAACAAAGCUCCACAACCUGGGUUUACACAGACAGACUCACCAACCACCAACAGUGAGCCCAAGGAUGAGUCUGACAGUGUUGCCAAAGAAAUGUUCACACAAAAAACUGAAAGCUGUUCAGCAGAUACAAAAUUAAGUACAGUUGCCAUUUCAUUGUUGCGGCAGUAUGCCAUGAUUUUGGUCAAUAAUUUAGAAAGCAAGGUAAUGAUAAUUUUCCUUAUGUUUUAAUAUCUUUUCCAAUCUUAUCACUUUUACAUACACUGCGAUCUGAUUAUUAUACUUUUUUUAAAAGACAGUAUGUUUCUUGGUAAAAACUUACAUUUUAUAAGAAUAUCAAAAAAUGUUAUUUGAAAAAUGUUGAUUUUUUCCUAUAAAUUUAUACAUUUAAUUUAAAUCCCGAUAAAAUCAAGUUUUUAUUUUUCAUGAGUGAACAAUUUCAGAGAAACUUUUUUCCUUUAUAGCGAUAGAGAACUCCUUUAAAUUGAGUCAAUUAACAUGACUUAAGCCAUGCAAAAUGUGUUUUCUCUCGUAUGGAUGAAGACAUAACCUUUGACCUCAUUAAGAAUGACAAUAAAUUUGAAAUUAACAUUUUUUGCAGGACAUUUCAAACACACGUUCAGAUAUCAAUCUAAGACUUCGAGUUAGUCGUCAUGAAAUCUAUAAGCUCAAACAAUUUGGACAAGAGAAAACAACAGACAUUCAUGAUAUACAUGAUAUUCUGCGUUACAUUAUACAAUAUGCCAGUGAUGUUCUCCCUCCAGAAUCAAAUUUGCAUUGGCUGGAAUCUAGGAUGGGUUUAUCAUGGCCAAUGAUGUUGCAGGUCGGUGUUGUUUUGGUGAAAAAAUUAAUUUUCCAACUGACUUUUAAACAACAUUUUUGUAGAUAAUAUAUGUUGCAAUUAUUUUGUUUUAAUUACUUAGGACAGUUGUUUGUCCACUCUUGUUUAAAAAAUUAAAAAAUAGUUUUAUGAUUUUUUUUUCUCCAGAUUUUGGCCACCAUCAUUUGUUUCAUUGCACUUCUAAGAGUGCUGCAGCAGACACUUAUUACUCAGCGCCUAAUAUUCCAGAUGCUGUUCCUCUUAUUUGUCAUCAGUGUGAUAUUCGCCUGGGCAGAGAUGUAUCAAGUAGGUUUUAAGAUGGUUAAUGUUAAUAAUUUGAAAUUAAUUAAACCAAUUUUUCUUCAUAUAAAGAAAUUACAGCUUUGCUUAUGGGAACUUCAAUAAUAAAGGAAAAUAUAAGAUAUUAUAAAAUAAGUUAAGAUAAGUUAAGAUAAGAUUCUUUUAUUGAUCCAAAUAAAUGGAAAUGCUUUUUUUAUUACAUUUUACAUUUCAGCACAUAAAUAAAUACAUAUUUAAACCAAGACAACAUUUUACAAUUAUAAAAAUUCAAACACAAGACAUCUUAAGUAUUUCUCUAGAGUGAAAAUCAGCCAUCAUAUAUUUAAAAAAAAUUAACUCUUUUAUCAUUUAGAUUAGGAAACCUCUGGACAGUACACUGAAAAUUUUCAUCGCACCAACUGAUAAAGCUUGCAAUCAACUUGUGGUUUUAUCCUUAUUAUGGCAUAUGUUUAAGCCUAAUUUUUAGCAACCACUUGUCUCCCUCAACAAUUGCCUUGAUAUUGACUUCAUGGAGUAAAUGUGCUGUGUCCUUUCCUAGAUUGGGAAAGGCUGUUUGCGUUCGAAUGCCUUCUAUUUGUUUUGAAAAAAUGCUAUUAGGUGAUGCAAUUUCUAGAAUGUCUUUACCUGAUGCUCGUGAUUUAAUGUAGGCCCAAAAAAUGAAGUUAAUCAUUCCUUGAGAUGAAUAAUUAUAGUUAGCAUUUUAAAAAAAUAAAACGGCACACUUUUAAUACUAUAAGCCAAGUUAUUAAGUUUUGGUUUAAUCAAGUAACAUUAGUUCUACAAAUAUAACAAGUCUCUUUUUUUCAUGAAUACCAUUUCAAUAUGUCAAUAAUUUUUCUACACUUCUGUGUUGAAAGUAAACUCCUCAUUCCAGGGAUGCCUAAAUAAUUGAAAUGUUUCUUUUCUUUCAUUCAGGAAAAAUUAGCUGAUCAAGAAAGACAACUCAUGGAAACUUUGGGCAAAGCUUGUCAAAAAGCUGAGGACCAGUCAUUUUUUAAUCGGGCAUUUUUGUUUGUCAGUUCUCAGUUUACUUUCAAAAGUGACAAGUGCCAGGAAUAUUACCAAAACAUCUUUGUCAAUCCUGUUCUCAAAGUAUCACCAAUGGAGGUAAAAUUAUCAAUGAUCUAUUUGUCCGUCACAUUGCUCAAAAUUAUUGUCAAAAUUUUACUUUCUCACUAAUAAAGCUUGGAAUUAAAACACUAGCUUCAGAGAGAUUAAUUAUUUGUUAUAUUUUCCUUGUAGCUCAGUGCAGAAAUUUAAUUGUAAUCUUUUGGAACUUUAAAAAUAUUUUAUUUCAUCAGAUAAGAUUUUGAAGCUUAAUUAAACCUAUUUUUCAUUAGCCUAACAAGAAACCUGGCCAAGUGAUUGAUAAUAAAUUUAAGCCCAUAUUUCAUUAGCCUAACAAGAAACCUGGCCAAGUGAUUGAUAAUAAAUGAAGCCCAUAUUUCAUUAGCCUAACAAGAAACCUGGCCAAGUGAUUGAUAAUAAAUGAAGCCCAUGUUUCAUUAGCCUAACAAGAAACCUGGCCAAGUGAUUGAUAAUAAAUGAAGCCCAUAUUCAUUAGCCUAACAAGAAACCUGGCCAAGUGAUUGAUAAUAAAUGAAGCCCAUAUUUCAUUAGCCUAACAAGAAACCUCGCCAAGUGAUUGAUAAUAAAUGAAGCCCAUAUUUCAUUAGCCUAACAAGAAAUCUGGCCGAGUGAUUGAUAAUAAAUGAAGCCCAUAUUUCAUUAGCCUAACAAGAAACCUGGCCAAGUGAUUGAUAAUAAAUGAAGCCCAUAUUUCAUUAGCCUAACAAGAAAUCUGGCCGAGUGAUUGAUAAUAAAUGAAGCCCAUAUUUCAUUAGCCUAACAAGAAACCUGGCCAAGUGAUUGAUAAUAAAUGAAGCCCAUAUUUCAUCAGCCUAACAAGAAACCUGACAUCUUCAUUAAAAAGUCUAAAUAUUGAUUUACAUCAUAAUUUUUUUUUUUUAAUUAAAUAAUUUUGCCUGAGAGUGAUUUGCUCAUGUCAUAUAAUUACAACUUCUUGUGGGCAUUCACAGGUCUUACAAAUAUCAAAUUCUACCAUUAUCUAUUGACCAUACCAUUUCAAAACAUGUAAUCAGUUUCAUUUUAAAAGCAAAUAUAUUUGACAAAGCCACAAAAGCUCAUUUCAUAAUGAGAACACUCCUCUGGUUCAAUAUAACCGUAUCUGUUUGGAUUAGAAUUUAUUAUUUUUUUUAACAUAUAUAUUAUAAUCAUGCACAUGGUUUGGCACUGUGAACGUCUGCUGGCCACAGGUGUUAAGUACCCACGUUGCUUUAAGCGGCUGUGCUAGUCAAUGAGCCUAAUGUUAAGUUGAACAUUUAGUUUAUUUUAAACUGUUCAUACAGAUAUGACCAAUGCAUGAACUAUUGGAAUGGAUAACAUCAUACUGAUAUGACCAAUUCAUAAACUAUUGGAAUAGAUAACAUCAUACAGAUAUGAAUGUGCUUAAAUUAAUGGAAUAGAUAACAUUAUACAGAUAUGACCGUGCGUAAAUUAGUGGAAUAGAUAACAUAGAUUUGACCAUGCAUGAAUUAUUGGAAUGUUUUAUCAAAAUUUUACAACAGGUAUCACAGUUUUCAUAUUUACUUAAUACAAUAAUUUCGUAUUCCCACCAAGGCCCUGGCUGUUGCCGUUGUGAAGACUCUGGUGGCACCCGUUGGGAUCAUUGGUAGGGCAAUCUCUACAUUCUUGACAGAGUUACUCAAGGACCUUCCAGUUCAUUAUCAGCUGGCUGUUUCCUGUGUGUUGCCUCUCUUAGUUAUUAUAGUUCUCUGCAUAUGGAGAGGUUAUCAGUUGAAUUUAUUUCAUUUGGUGUCCAUUGGGCCUGGACACCAGCCAGCUCCAAUGCCCAUUUCACAUGGACACCAUCCUGCUCCAGUUCAAGCACAGGUAAGGUUGUUUCCUUCAUUCUUUUUAAUAAACUGCAAAUAGACUGAUUCCGUAACUGUUUUGAUGACUUUGCCUCAUGUACACGACAGGAGGCAGGGUGCUGGGUGUCACAGUCAGAUCGCGUGUGUUUUUCUGUGUCAGCUUUUAUGAUGUUAAUUUGACCAAUCGUGGGUGAGUUUAUUUUCCCCGUGUGCCCCACGAGUUUUUAUUUUCUCGAUCAGGUAUGACCGGUGUGCUGUGUCGGGAAGAGCCACGUGAUGAGAGGAGUGAGUGACCGGUGUGCUGUGUUGUGAUGAGAGGGGUGUGUGACCGGUGUGCUUUGUCGUGAUGAGAGCAGUGUGUGACCGGUGUGCUGUGUCGUGAUGAGAGGAGUGUGUGACGGGUGUGCUGUGGCGUGAUGAGAGGAGUGUGUGACCGGUGUACUGUGGCGUGAGGAGAGGAGUGUGUGAGUGUGGUGUGCUGUGUUGUGAUGAGAGGAGUGUGUGUCCGGUGUGCUUUGUCGUGAUGAGAGGAGUGUGUGACCGGUGUGCUGUGUCGUGAUGAGAGGAGUGUGUGACCGGUGUGCUGUGUCGUGAUGAGAGGAGUGUGUGACCGGUGUGCUGUGUCGUGAUGAGAGGAGUGUGUGACCGGUGUGCUGUGUCGUGAUGAGAGGAGUGUGAGAAAAAAAAAAGGGAGAUGAGUUGUUUUUUUAAGGAGUGAAUAGUGGCGAGUGCUGUGGAUAAGGUGAGUGCUGUGGAUAAGGUGAGUGCUGUGGAUAAGGUGAGUGGUGUGGAUAAGGUGAGUGCUGUGGAUAAGGUGAGUGCUGUGGAUAAGGUGAGUGCUGUGGAUAAGGUGAGUGCUGUGGAUAAGGUGAGUGCUGUGGAUGAGGUGAGUGCUGUGGAUAAGGUGAGUGCUGUGGAUAAUGUGAGUGCUGUGGAUAAGGUGAGUGCUGUGGAUAAAGUGAGUGCUGUGGAUAAGGUGAGUGCUGUGGAUAAGGUGAGUGCUGUGGAUAAGGUGUAUGAUUUUUGUCUUUUGAAGGCCGUGAGUUUUUCUAUUGAUGGAAGAGGACUGUGGAACUCUAUUUUGUAUGUGGAGUUGGGUUUCUGGACAGGUUUUCUUCUGAACACCAGAGCUGAUUUCCAUUGUUAGGUAUAUUUAGCCAAUAAAUAAGAAAAACCUGAAUCUCUGCAUCGUUUGUUUGAUACUUGAAACAUGAGUCACAUCAGCUCUGUAGGAGCUAGAAAGAAAGGGGUUCUAGACCCUUGAAAAUUGUUCUGUGGCUAGUACGCAGGGGACCGACCUCUAGACAACGUACGUCACGUCACACUGGGUGGCCGAGCGGUCUAUACUGACUCAAACCAAAAAGCUAGUGGUCUUGAGUUCAAUCCCCACCAAAGCCUCUAUCAAAAGCACCCAGGGUGGAUGGGACUCAUUAGCCUUGGACGGCAACUCAUCUAAGAGAAGGCAAACUCUGAAAUUCAAACCAGGAGCCAAAAAUGAUCAAUAAAUGGGCCCUCAAAUAAGGAAAAAAAAUUGAGUGGACGACAGUCACAGCUAAUUUGUUAUUUUCUUAAUUUUGUUAAUAAUAAAAAUUCUAACACAUAAGAACUACAAACUUGGAAGUAAGAACUGGACAGAAUACAUGUCACAGAUGGUGUGAUAAUGAAUGUGUUUUCCCAGUUUUGAUAACUGCUUUCUGUCAUUAGGUGUGCACAAGUUAAAAUAAACAAGAUACAUUUAUUUUGUCAUAUAAAAAUUACAUAACUUGUUUUAAAACCUGUGUCUCCUGUCAUACUGGUCUCACUAGUCAGAUAACCUAGCCAUAAAAGUCUAUGGACUUGUCAUACUGGUGUCACUAGUGAGAUAGCCUAGCGAUAAAAGUCUAUGGACUUGUCAUACUGGUGUCACUAGUCAGAUAGCCUAGCCAGAAAAGUCUAUGGACUUGUCAUACUGGUGUCACUAGUGAGAUAGCCUAGCCAUAAAAGUCUAUGGACUUGUCAUACUGGUGUCACUAGUCAGAUAGCCUAGCCAUAAAAGUCUAUGGACUUGUCAUACUGGUGUCACUAGUGAGAUAGCCUCGCCAUAAAAGUCUAUGGACUUGUCAUACUGGUGUCACUAGUCAGAUAACCUAGCCAUAAAAGUCUAUGGACUUGUCAUACUGGUGUCACUAGUCAGAUAGCCUAGCCAUAAAAGUCUAUGGACUUGUCAUACUGGUGUCACUAGUCAGAUAGCCUAACGAUAAAAGUCUAUGGACUUGUCAUACUGGUGUCACUAGUCAGAUAGCCUAGUGAUAAAAGUCUAUGGACUUGUCAUACUGGUGUCACUAGUCAGAUAGCCUAGCCAUAAAAGUCUAUGGACUUGUCAUACUGGUGUCACUAGUGAGAUAGCCUAGCGAUAAAAGUCUAUGGACCUGUCAUACUGGUGUCACUAGUGAGAUAGCCUAGCCAUAAAAGUCUAUGGACCUGUCAUACUGGUGUCACUAGUGAGAUAGCCUAGCCAUAAAAGUCUGUGGAUCUGUCAUACUGGUGUCACUAGUGAGAUAGCCUAGCGAUAAAAGUCUAUGGAUAACUUGGGCAACAUUUUGAAAUAUAUAACUUACAGGUCUUCUUGUAGGUGUUUAAGCAGAUUUUAUUCCAGAAAAGAAAAGCAUGGACUGUUUGUGUGGUGUAUUCACAACUUUUAAUCAAUUAGACAAAUUUUAGGAGUUAAAGCUAAGAUUUUAUCACUGUAUUUUCCACAAUAUAUACUCAUGGAGUGACCCACUGACUUUAAGGGGCCAUGACCAUUGACGAUUUUUGAUAUGAUUAUUGAAAAAAACUGAUUUCAAUGCCUAGUUUUUUUGGCAGAUAUAACAAGUUUAUCUUCAACCAUUAAAAAGGUGGUAGGGGUCAUCUUAAAUUAUGGUAUCAAAAACGGCACACAAAAAAACAACCUGAUAUGCAAGAACCAAAGAAAGCCAACAAUGGCUGAGUAUUCUGGAAUGAACUUAUUUUUGAAAGAGUUAAAUUCAUAUAUUCAUUCACACGGAAAACAUUUUUUCUGAACUAUCCAUAAAGUAGUCAAAGCUUUCUAGAUUGUAAGUAGAAAAAUUCCAUUGAAAGAUUCAGACAUUUAUUUAAGAUUAUGUUUUCAAAUUUAUUAAAAAAUUUUUUACAAUAAAUGAACAAUCUUAUUUAUAUUACAUAUAUAGUUAUGAUAAUUUCCAUUUCUCUGACAUUUCAGCACACUGUAGCUCCAGCUGUUGCCUCAAUACCAGCUAGUUCCCAAGUACAUCAAAUUCAAUGUGGGUCACUUUAUUCUGUUCAUGGCACACAGCCAGAUGAAAGAGUUCCCCGGCUGCCGGCAGCCAAAAUGCAGUCUUUGAAUUCAGCAAAACACGUAACAAAACGGCAAGACUGGCUGCAGCAGAGAUCUCAAGCUCACAAUGAGAAACAAUUGGAGCCAGACGAAAGUGACCCAAUAGCCGGAGGAGAGCCUGGCCCUGGACAAAUUCCUCAUCAACCAAGAGACGAGGAUCACGAAGAUAUCAGGCAACGGUUAGCUGACGUGAAAAUAACACCAGCUGCUGAAUUUAAACAAGAAGAAGUUGAGAAUCAACUUCAGAAACUUGUCAUAUCUGAAAAUCAACCCAUACAAACUGAAACAAGUUUCAAGGAAUUAUCUGCAGAGGCAGUUGUAAAGGAAUCAGAUGACAUGAAACAAAGCAAUGAAGAGAAAUCCAUGACUGAAGGAUUACAAGAAGAGAAGACAUCAGUAGAUGAAUCUAUCCCUAGCACAGCAGAAUCCAUAUUUAAUGAAAAUCAAUUUAUGAAUACUUCCCUUAAAUGUGGUGAGAGUAAUGACGACACCAAUUUUGAUGAUGGAAGAAAAAAAAUGAUUAAGGAAUCGGCUAUAAAUGUUGGUGUCCCAACCCAACCCAUGGAUCAGACACAUGGGCCAGGAGCAACAACUUCUGCUUCUGACGCAAGGGAAACAACUCAGGAAUCAAGUGGUGCAGAUGAAGAUUUUGUGGUUGUGAAAGAAGAUGAUUUUGUUUUUCAGGAGGCUAAACUACACAUUAAAAUGGAAAUGUAAUUCAUCAUCUAUCAGCCUGAUCAAAUAAACUUGAGGGUUUUGUCUUUGGAAAGUUUUUGAUGAAUUAAGUCCCGUUUUACAAAUAUAAUUUUUUUAAAAAUAGUUUACACUUUUUUUUUAAAGUUUGAAUUAAUACUGAGCACAAGAAUGGACUCAAUGAGAGCAAAUAAUCAAUUUGUGGAAAAAAACUCUUGCAUAAAUCAGAGCUUACAAAAUAUUCUUUACAAGAAGAUACUUCAACAACCGAUGAUAUUAUUUUUGGUUAAAAUCUCAUUUUUAUUUCCUUUUCUAAUCUUAUAUUGAAAGCUAAAAUGUAACUUUGUGUUUAAAUUAAAUCUAACAGGAAAUAUAUAUAACUAUGUAUCAGGAUAUAAAGUGAAGUUGAUGAUGUAGCGAAAAUCAAAUAGGACACAACUGACAUAAUAAUUUUAUUUUAUUUAUAUAGCAAAUAAUUCUACUUGUCCAUGUCACUAGUCAAUUGAAAUCUUUACUUUACAAAUGAUUAAAAAUGAUCUUUUAAUUUUGUGUAGGACCUAUUUAUUUUUAUGAAGAGCUUCAUUAAAUGUGUGAUUGCUUUCCUUAUAAUUAGUAAGUAACAAAGGGCUUGUCAAUGAUUUUAAUAAAUUAUUUCAUAAUUGCAUCGUACAUGUAACACUCAAAGUAAUUUAAGAAAUUUUUGCAUUUGACUUUUGUCCAAACAAAUUUGCUUCGGUGAUUACAUUUAUCUUUUACUGUAUGGUUUAGAGUUACUCCCCCUCCUCCACCCCGCCUAUUAUUUGUACAGAAAUUCAUUUAUUUUCUAAAAUCCAACUGCCAUCUUUUGUCUACUCACUCAGAAACAUGAUUACAUGCCAAAUAAAAAUUGUUUGAAAGAUAAUCAACUGAGCACACAAUUUGUAGUGGCCAUAAUGUUUAUGAGUUGGUGUUCAUGAGUUGGCAUUCAUUGUUGUAAAAUAUUUUUUAUGUAGGCCUAUAUACUAAAAAGUGCAAAUGGUUGUAUGUGAAAUGUGAAUUUUUAACAAUAGAACAUGGGACAAUGAUCUGACCAGAUCAGAAAGAUUCUCAGUUUCUGUAUUUGUCAUCUAUCAUGAUUCCUGCCCAUGGGCGCCCGCAGGUAGUGGCAAGGUGGGCAGUUG